GGUCACUGCGCAUGCGUGAGUCUUUUUCGUUCAGCGGAGCGCUCAGUCUUUGCCCUCUGCUCUGACUCAGUUGUUGGUUUUCAGGCCAGUAAGAAUGUCAUCGAGCCGCUCAGGGAACGACCACUACAACCCCAAAAACGCCUCCGGAGGGGCAAAACGACCGCGGGCAGAAUCGGGCAACAAAGUGACCGUGGUGCUCGGGGCGCAAUGGGGAGACGAAGGCAAAGGAAAAGUGGUGGACUUGUUGGCCACAGAGGCUGACAUCGUCUGCAGAUGUCAGGGAGGAAAUAAUGCAGGCCAUACAGUAGUGGUCGAAGGGACAGAGUAUGACUUUCAUCUCCUGCCUAGUGGUAUCAUCAACACCAAAUGUAUAUCACUCAUUGGUAACGGUGUAGUCAUUCAUCUUCCAGGGCUUUUUGAAGAGAUUGACAAAAAUGAGAAGAAAGGCUUGAAAGGAUGGGAGAAGAGACUCGUCAUCUCUGACAGAGCUCACAUAGUUUUUGAUUUCCACCAGGCUGUGGAUGGAAUGCAAGAAGUACAAAGACAAGCACAGGAAGGCAAGAAUAUAGGAACGACCAAGAAAGGCAUUGGACCAACGUACGCAUGCAAGGCAUCCCGAACUGGACUUCGCAUCUGUGACCUGCUAGCAGACUUUAAAGAGUUUUCUACUAAGUUCAAAAACCUGGUGCAGCAAUACCAGUCCAUGUACCCAGCUCUUAAAGUGGAUGUUGAGGGUGAACUAAAAAUACUAAAGGAUUAUGCAGAGAGAAUAAGACCCAUGGUGAGGGAUGGAGUGUAUUUUAUGUAUGAUGCUAUUCACGGACCUCUGAAGAAAAUUCUUGUGGAGGGGGCAAACGCUGCCUUGCUCGACAUCGAUUUUGGAACUUAUCCAUUCGUGACGUCAUCCAACUGCACUGUUGGGGGAGUGUGCACCGGCCUUGGCAUUCCUCCAGCAAAUAUUGGCGAUGUGUAUGGUGUAUCAAAAGCCUAUACCACUAGAGUGGGCAUUGGGGCUUUCCCAACAGAACAACUCAAUGCUGUAGGGGAGCUGUUACAGACACGAGGUCAUGAAGUUGGUGUGACGACCGGCAGGAAGAGACGCUGUGGAUGGCUGGACCUAGUUAUCCUUAGAUACGCUCACAUGAUCAAUGGCUUCACUGCAAUUGCUUUGACUAAAUUGGACAUUCUCGAUGUGCUUGAUGAGAUUAAAGUGGGUAUCGCCUACAAACUCAAUGGCAAACGAAUUCCCCAUUUCCCAGCUAACUUGGAGGUACUCCAGAAGGUUGAAGUGGAGUAUGAGACCUUGCCUGGCUGGAAGACAGAUACUUCAACAGCCAGAAAGUGGAAUGAUCUGCCCCCCAAAUCACAGAACUACAUCCGCUUUGUGGAGAAUCACAUUGGUGUACCUAUUAAGUGGGUUGGCGUAGGCAAGUCCAGAGAAUGCAUGAUACAGAUGUUCUAGAGUGGCUGUCCUCCAGUGGCGUAUGGAGUUCAUCAAUAACACACGAUCCUCUCAGGAAAUCCAUGACAAUUAAAUGAACGUCACAGCAAAUGGAUUUUAGCAUUCACAAAUGCUGUGUAUCAAUACAAGUGGGAUUUUGUCUCUGACAUUAAAAAUUAAUAAAUGUUAAUAAUUGUUAAUAAAUUAAUAAACAUUAUCUGUCUCUUAAUAGCAGGUUAUAAUCAGG